UAGUUGCUGAACGUAACGAAACGAUGACCUUGAUUUGACAUUGGUUUGACACUUAUGACAAUAGUUUUGUAAUAACUUUGAGCGAUCUUUCUGACCUUAAAAACUCCGAUAAUAAAUGUUAUUUAAUUAGGACGGAGCGCCGAGGUUGCUCGUCUUUUCGGAUAUAACGUAAUUUAAUUCAUAAAAAUGCCUAGUGUAGUAAAUGUGGACACUAACCCGUUUGAGGGACAGAAGCCGGGCACAAGUGGUUUGCGUAAAAAAGUUAAAGUUUUCCUGCAAGAACAUUACACGGAAAACUUUGUGCAGAGUAUUUUGGAUGCGAAUAAAGACUCCUUGGCGGGAUCAACGUUGGUAGUCGGUGGAGACGGCCGAUACCUCGUCAAGGAGGUUGUCGACAAAAUCAUCAAAAUCUCUGCUGCCAAUGGGGUCGGAAGGCUGUUAGUCGGUCAAGAUGGCAUCCUCUCCACACCAGCUGUCUCUUGCAUCAUCAGGAAAUACAAGGCUCUUGGUGGUAUCGUUCUAACAGCGUCUCACAACCCUGGAGGCAUAGACAAUGACUUCGGAAUCAAAUUCAACUGCGCCAAUGGCGGCCCGGCACCCGAUGCGACCACCAAUCAAAUCUACGCAUUAACCACCGCCAUUAAACAAUACAAGAUCGUGCCCGACAUUACUUGCGAUGUCUCCAAGAUCGGCGUUUCUAAUUAUGAUAUUGGCGGCGAGAAGUUUACAGUAGAAGUGAUAGACCCGGUCAACGAUUACGUGGCUUUUAUGAAAGAGAUCUUCGACUUCAGUAAGAUCAAGGCUUUGAUACAGGGCACGGAACAACGUAAACCUUUCAACGUACUCAUUGAUUCUAUGAAUGGAGUCACCGGGCCCUACGUAAAGCGCAUAUUUAUCGACGAAUUGGGCGCUAAAGAAGGCAAUGUCCGUCGUAUUGUACCUCUCGAGGACUUUGGGGGUGCCCAUCCAGAUCCAAACCUCACUUACGCUGCUGACCUUGUCAAUGCUGUCAAGGGUGGAGACUAUGACCUCGGAGCCGCUUUCGAUGGAGAUGGCGACAGGAAUAUGAUAAUAGGUCGCGGAGCCUUCUUCGUGACUCCUUCAGACUCGCUGGCAGUGCUAGCGAGCCACUUGCAGCUGAUCCCUUACUUCCAGCGCACCGGAGUCCGGGGCUUCGCCCGGUCGAUGCCCACUGCAGCUGCUGUCGAUAGAGUCGCGGCCGCUACUGGGUUCGAGAUGUUUGAGGUGCCAACUGGUUGGAAAUACUUCGGUAACUUAAUGGAUGCCGGUCGGCUUUCCCUGUGUGGCGAGGAGAGUUUCGGUACAGGAUCCGACCACAUCAGGGAGAAGGAUGGUCUUUGGGCUGCCCUGGCCUGGCUGUCCGUCCUCGCGGGGACCGGUCAGUCCGUCGAAGAGAUACUCAAAGCCCACUGGGCGAAAUACGGCAGGAAUUAUUUCACUAGAUACGACUACGAGGAAUGCGCAAGCGACGCCUGCAACGAGAUGAUGCAGGUCUUGGAGAAGAAGAUCACGUCUCCCGGCUUCGUGGGGUCCACGCACUCCAGUGGUGGGAAGACAUAUGUCGUGAAGUUGGCUGACAACUUCUCCUACAUGGACCCCAUCGAUCAGAGUGUUGCUAUGAAACAGGGUCUUCGCAUAAUCUUCGAGGAUGGUUCCCGCAUCGUGAUGAGACUCAGCGGUACCGGCAGUUCAGGAGCUACAGUCAGAUUAUACAUUGACUCGUAUGAAGCUACAGACGUGUUGGGCGACGCUCAAGUUAUGCUAAAACCACUGAUAGAUGUCGCUCUACAAAUAUCCGAGCUACAGAAAUACACCGGACGUGAAGCCCCCACUGUAAUCACAUAAAUACUUUCAGUAUAUGUAUGUUUUUAUGUUAGUCAUCGAAUUAUGUACUAAAAAUAUCCUCUUUACAUAACUAAGUUUAGUA